UGCACCACUGGGCUCCAACCUCGCCCAAUACUGCGAGCCAGGGCCGGGGGACAACGUGUGUGUGGCACGGGACUCGCUGCAAGCUGCAAAUAUGUGUGAUGUCAGUGAUGACAAACAACACAAAACCUAUUGGGAGAAGUAUGAGGAGGAGAUGACUCUCAGGAAGGCUCGCAUACAGCACAUCAUUCCGGAGAUCUUUUCCCCUGGUUACUCUUUCCCACGGCAGGACACUGAUGAUGACUUCACCAUCACUGUCAAUGAUCUAGUGUCCUUUGGGGACAUGAAGGAUGCAGCAAACUCAAAUCCCCAGAAUGCUAUGCACACAAAUACUGUAAAAGGAUUUGUGUGCACAGUCCGAAAAUUUCAUCCAGGAACAUAUAAGGUAACGGUCUUGAAGCUGUUUGAAUACCCAGACAAAAACUUUGGUGAAGGAGACCCUCUGGUGAUCUUCCAUCAUGAGAAGAUUGACCCUAAGCAGAUUGGCUUGCAGGUCAUCCGCCUUUGUCAGGAUUACUGUGACUACCACCAAGGAAUGAUCAACUACAUUAAUCGAUAUGACUGGUGUCACUGGAGGAACUGGGGAGCAUGGGAUGACUUUAACAAAGUUAAUGAACGAAAGCUGAUCAUCAGAGGAGAUCCCGAACCUGCGCCAGAGGAUGAAAGUAAAGGAGAGAAAAAAGAUGAAGGCAACCCCUUCUUUGAUGAACAACUCAAUGCUUUCAAGCCAGAGAGAGCAAGCACUGUAUUCUUUACCCGGUCAGAGAGUGCAGAGCAGUUGGAGGAGAGCCUAAAAUUGGGACAGUUCAGACGGUCAGAGAUCAUACCAGAACUCUUCACUAUUCACAAUGAAAAUGGUACAAUAUCACUAGCCGUUGACUACGGUGCACUGAGUGAUGCAGAGUACCUCUAUGCAAAAGUGUUUCAGGAUAUGGCUACAGAGGACUAUUUUGCUCUUGUGGUAAAUGGCAGCCUGGGUGUGCUGGAUAGUAAUGGAGGAUUGCCUCCCUUCAAACCCGAGAGCAUAAGUGAGAUUUACCAACAGUAUGGAUUCACCACAGUGUCUGAAAAUAGCCUAAAGUUCAACAUGGCUGAAUUCAUGCAUUAAGUGACUAUGUAUGUGAUUUGUUGCAUUUGAUCUUUACCAACAAAUAAGUAAAUACUAUAUUGCAUGGCCAAAGACAUAAUAUUGCAUGUUAGUAGAGAGCUUUACACCAUUGUGAAGUGAAUGCUAGUGCAUAAAUCUGUAUUUUGAAAUUGGUUGAACUGUACUUUGUUGUUUGUAAGUUGUGAAGAUUUAUACACACUGAAUAUUUUGGCUAGUAAUAACAAUCAACAGAAUACAACAUAAAAUGAAUUUUGGAUCACAUUUGUGGUAAUGCCUUUGCUUCACUUAAUCUUUUUAUAGAUUAAGUUGAAUAACUGAUAUGAAAACAAACAGUAAGCAACAAAGCUUUCUGAAUUCUUGUUAGUUAAUAUUUAUCUCUUUGAUGCUGUGAAAUGAUUUGUAUUAUUUUUAACAAAUAGUAAAUUUAUGUAUGUUUAGACAUAUUUGUAUUUAUGCUUUGUGAUAUAAACUUUUACAUUCCCUGUGUAUUGAAUGGUUAUAUUUAUUCUGAAGCACAUAAUGUAUGAACUAAUUUUCUAAUUUAGCUUUGUGACAGGCACUUCACAUUCCCAAUAUGUGUCAAAUGAGUGGCCAAAAUUUAAUAUUACUGAACGUUAAUGAACAGGUUUAUGCACAUUUUCCUAUACUUUUCCCCAUUGUAACAGAAUCUCAUAGAAUUAUCCAAAACACCUUAGGCUAAUUAUGUGGAGCCUUAAUAAUGCUGUUUGACGUCUGUGUACCUUUACACAGUAGAGGUGUGUUUAGUUUCCAGAGUCGUGGACCCCUGAUUAGGUCUCGAUUCUGCUGCCAGUUGAGCUUAUUUACAUGGCUUAAUAAGGGAGUAGUGUCGGAAUCUAACUGAAAGUCUAGUGUACAUGUACUCAACAAAACGAAUAUGCCUUAGAUAUACGUGUGUUCAGUGUCCUCUCACAGAAGCCACUAACUCCUUAGCACUGGCAGGGUAACCUUCCAUGGUGAUAAAUCUGAACUGUGCCUUGUAAUUUGAUAUACCUGUAUACAAUUGGAGGGAUUUAGUGAUGCAUGUUUACAGGACUUUGUCUCUGUUUUGGCAGGACUUGUAGCAUGUCAGAGGGAGGUAUGUGACCUCACUGCAUCUCCCCUUGCACCAGUGUCUUGAAGUCAAAAUAGUAGUGGAAACACUGUUUUUUAUUCUAUUUAUAUUAUUUUUACACCAUGUUUUGAGAAUAUCUGAGAUAACCGAAGCAGU